GAGAGGGGGGAAAGAGGGAGCGCAAGAGAGCCGGAUAUUAGUUUGGCUCCAGUCAGUAGGAGAUCGCCACCGGGCUGUACCUGUGCGAACUGAUUUCAAACUGUAGCUGGAGACUCGCAGACGGACACUCCCCCCACACACACUCCGGUAAAUGCCCGUUACCGAGUCCUUUUCCUCUUCUUUUUCAGUUCGGUAAGAAGAGGAGGGAGAGAAAGUCAUGGACAGAAGAGGAGAAUUAAAAAGCAGCUAGCGCCUGCAGUAAUAAUAACCUUUGGAAAAACAACAAUAAGGACAGAGAGAGCAGAAGAAGUGUCCGGAGAGGAAAGAGGAACAGGAUGGGGAUGGAUUUCAGCACUCUGCGUACUCUCAUCAGCAGAUAUUGUGUUGGUGAAGAGAACUGGGUUGAUAGCCGGACAAUUUACAUUGGACAUAAGGAACCUCCUCCAGGAACUGAAGCCUUUAUACAACAAAGAUUUCCUGACAACAGAAUAGUGUCCUCCAAGUACACGUUUUGGAACUUCAUCCCAAAGAAUAUGUUUGAGCAGUUCAGGAGAGUCGCCAACUUCUACUUUCUCAUCAUAUUUCUUGUUCAGUUGAUUAUUGACACUCCCACCAGUCCGGUCACCAGCGGGCUGCCACUGUUCUUUGUCAUCACAGUCACCGCUAUUAAGCAGGGCUAUGAGGACUGGUUGAGACACAAAGCAGACAAUGCUGUCAACCAGUGUCCUGUCCACGUGGUCCAGCAUGGCAAAGUGACCCGCAAACAAAGCCGUAAACUCAGGGUUGGAGAUGUGGUCUUGGUCAAAGAAGAUGAGACUUUUCCCUGCGACCUCGUCCUCCUCGCCUCCUCUCGAGAUGAUGGCACUUGCUUUGUUACUACAGCCAGCCUGGAUGGAGAGAGCAGCCACAAGACGUAUUAUGCAGUCCAGGACACCAAAGCUUACAACACAGAGAAGGAGGUGGACACCAUCCACGCCACUAUAGAAUGUGAACAACCACAGCCAGACCUGUACAAAUUUGUUGGGCGUAUCAACAUCUACAUGAACAAUGAGCCAGUGGCGAGGCCGUUAGGAUCGGAGAACCUGUUGCUCCGAGGAGCCACACUCAAGAACACUGAAUAUAUCUAUGCGGUGGCUAUCUACACUGGCAUGGAAACCAAGAUGGCUCUCAAUUACCAGUCCAAGUCUCAGAAACGAUCUGCAGUGGAAAAGUCAAUGAAUGCCUACCUGGUGGUCUACCUGUGCAUUCUCAUCAGCAAAGCAGUCAUCAACACUGCGUUAAAAUACGUGUGGCAGUCCGACCCCAACAGAGAUGAGCCCUUUUACAACCAGAGGACAGAAGCUGAGAGACAGAGACACAUUCUAAUCCGGGCAUUCACAGACUUUUUGGCCUUCAUGGUUCUUUUCAAUUACAUCAUUCCCGUGUCAAUGUAUGUCACGGUGGAGAUGCAGAAGUUCCUGGGCUCCUACUUUAUCAUGUGGGACGAUGAAAUGUUUGAUGAGGAGCUGGGGGAGAGAGCCGUGGUCAACACAUCAGACCUGAACGAGGAGCUGGGACAGGUGGAGUACGUGUUUACAGACAAGACGGGGACUCUGACAGAGAACAACAUGGAGUUCAUAGAGUGCUGUGUGGAUGGACACAUUUAUGUACCUCAUGCUAUCUGUAAUGGACAGGUGAUGCCUGAUGCUGCUGGUAUGGACAUGAUCGACUCAUCACCAGGUCCCGAAGCCAGGGAGCACGAGGAGCUGUUUUUCCGGGCGUUGUGUUUGUGCCACACGGUGCAGGUGAAAGAGGAGGAAACUGUAGAUGGCAUCAAACAUGGCAUUCACCAGGGCAAGUCCACUUCCUUCUACAUCUCCUCCUCUCCAGACGAGGUCGCACUAGUGGAGGGCAUGAAGAGGCUCGGUUUCACCUAUCUGAGGCUCAACGACGGUCAGAUGGAAAUCUUAAAUCGGGAGAAUGAAGUUGAAAAGUUUGACCUGUUGGAUGUUUUGACAUUUGACUCAGUCCGGCGGAGGAUGAGUGUUAUUGUCAGGGCCAGCACUGGUGAAGUUUAUCUUUUCUGUAAAGGUGCAGAUUCCUCCAUCUUCCCAAGGGUCAUCUCAGGAAAAGUGGAUCAGGUCCGAGCUCGAGUGGAGCAAAACGCAGUGGAGGGUUUGAGGACACUUUGUGUUGCCUAUCGCCGUCUGAGCCCAGAUCAGUACCAGGAGGUUUGCCAACUGCUGAGCAGGGCCAGGUUGGCAUUACAAGACCGAGACAAACGGCUGGCAGAGGCUUACGACCUCAUCGAGAAAGACCUCAUACUGCUGGGAGCCACUGCUGUUGAGGACAGGCUGCAGGAAAAAGCAGCAGACACUAUUGAGUCCCUGCACAAAGCUGGGAUAAAGGUGUGGGUGCUGACAGGGGAUAAGAUGGAGACGGCAGCUGCAACCUGCUACGCAAGCAAGCUGUUUCAUCGCAACACACAAAUCCUGGAGCUGACCACCAAACGCACUGAGGAGCAGAGCCUUCAUGAUGUCCUGUUUGACCUGAGCAGGACAGUGCUUAGGCAGCAUGGAGGCAUGACCCGGGACACCUUCUCUGGUUUAUCAGGUGACUGCACUGACUACGGUCUGAUCAUCGAUGGAGCUACCCUCACUGCAGUAAUGAGGCCCGGCCAGGAGGGCUCAAACUCAGGGAAUUACAAAGAGAAAUUCUUGGAAAUCUGCCGCAAUUGCAGCGCAGUGCUCUGUUGUCGAAUGGCGCCGCUCCAGAAAGCACAGAUUGUCAAACUGAUCAAAGCCUCGGAGGAGCACCCGAUCACACUGGCCAUUGGAGAUGGAGCUAAUGAUGUCAGUAUGAUCCUAGAGGCCCACGUCGGUAUUGGCGUUAUGGGUAAGGAGGGUCGCCAGGCAGUGAGGAACAGUGACUACGCCAUCCCAAAGUUUAAACACCUCAAGAAGAUGCUGCUCGUCCAUGGACACUACUACUACAUACGCAUCUCUGAACUUGUGCAAUAUUUCUUCUACAAGAAUGUCUGUUUCAUUUUCCCCCAGUUCCUCUACCAGUUCUUCUGUGGCUUCUCACAGCAGCCGCUGUACGACACAGCUUACUUGACUCUCUACAACAUCAGCUUCACCUCGCUGCCCAUUCUGCUCUACAGUCUCAUGGAGCAGCACAUAAAUAUGGACAUCCUGAAGAAGGAUCCUUGUCUCUAUAGAGAUAUUGCUAAGAACUCUUUGCUACGGUGGCCCUCCUUCAUAUAUUGGACCGUUUUGGGUGUAUAUGAUGCCAUUGUGAUGUUCUUUGGUGCUUACUUCCUGUUUGACAACACCACCUUCACCAGCAAUGGACAGCUAAUGACAACCAACACACAGAUGAUGUUUGGAAACUGGACAUUUGGGACACUGGUCUUCACUGUGCUGGUCUUCACUGUUACAUUCAAGCUGGCCCUGGAUACUCAUUACUGGACUUGGAUCAACCAUUUUGUUAUCUGGGGCUCACUGAUCUUCUUUGUGGUCUUCUCUCUGCUGUGGGGUGGAAUCAUCUGGCCUUUCCUCAACUACCAGAGGAUGUACUAUGUGUUCAUGCAGAUGUUGUCCAGCGGCCCGGCCUGGUUCAGUAUAAUCCUUUUGAUAACAGCCAGUCUGUUGCCAGAUGUGUUGAAGAAGGUCAUCUGGAGGGCACUUUGGCCCACCACUACUGAGCGCAUACAGAAUGCUGAUAAACUCUACAAGGGCCAGCUGUCAGAGUUCACCCCCUUGGCAUCCCUCCACGCACCGCCCAAGGCUAACAGCCAGCGGCGAGGCUCGGAAAACCAAAGGAACCCUCGAAGGACUAACUGGUGUUGCCUGUGUGCAAACAUGUUAUCCAGAAACACUGCUUAGGACUCUGGGAUCAGAAACUACCAUCAUUCUCUUACCCUCUGUCUGUCUGUCUUAGCUCUCCCUCUCUCUCGCAUACCUCCCUCUCUCAAAGCGACAAGGAAGCCGUUCCUACCUCUGUGACAGUCAUCUCCAUUCGCUUCAUCCACCAUCAUCAUUUCAUCUGUCCCCCUUCUGCAUCUUCUUGGCCGUUCAUCCACCGAUUCAUCCAUUGUGAGACAGCAGAACUGAUGUUUUUAGUUCUAUGAACCAAAGCCUUGUUGCUGCUAGACAUAAUUUAGCUGCUUUACAUUAGGUGCCUUGUGCUAGUUUGCAAAGUCUGUCUUUCUCUGUCUUUGAGCUGUCUUUGCUUGCUUUGUAGUAAAUUGAAUACUUUUAAUAGGCACUUUGAUGGUGCAAGGGCACAGCAGAAGAUGGAUGAGUGGAUGCACAACUAAGGAGUGACUAGAAGAAUAAAAUAACUAGGUGGUAAAAGUGGAUGUAAAAUCUAGUUUUUAUGCAGACUUCUACUGAACAGACAGAGCUGAUACACAACUACUGAACAAAUAUCACUUGCACCACGAUGUUGUAUCUGUUUUUUUUUUUUUAAAUACUUUUUAUUCUAUGUUUUAUAAAUUCCCAUGAGGACAUUUGUUUCUGAAAUGUUAUUUUUUAAUAUUUUUGAUUAUGUACAGUGUGGAAAAUUCCCCCUUUUUGACCAUUUUUUAAAAAAAAAAGUCUUUAUUUAAAGAUGGGAAACUUGAAGAGCUCCAGCUCUGCUUUACCAAUCAGCUACAGGUGAUCAAUGUUAGUUUUUUUUUUUAAUAUUACAUCUCCAAGAUUUGGGGGUUUACAUCAGUAUUUAUUUCACAUUAACAGUAAAGGAAAGGGGUUCCUGUGCUGUUGGAAUUUUCUGAAAUGUGUCUUUGCUUUCUGAAAUGACCAAAUUACAAAAGUAAAAGUAUUUUAUGUUGAUGUUUUAUGCACCAAAAAGUAAAAUAACAUUCCAAAUGUAUCUAUUUAGUAGAACCUGACCGAUUUCAGCGGGCUGCCGUUAUCGGCCGAUAUUAGCUAUUUGCUGAUCUGUCAGCACCAGUAUUUCUAAGUAAAGACAACCUUCGACCAUGUUGCAAGUGACAUUGCAUAGUUUGUCCACCAGAGGGCAAUCUGCAGCUUCCCUGUUGGCAGCACACAAACACAAUAACCAGGUAGUCCGAGCAGAACCGGGCAGAGGGUAAACAAACAAAUAGAUAACUACACAUAACAAAUGUUAGGGAAAUAUGUCUGCUUUGUGUACCUGAAAGGAUAAUAAAAAAAAAAAAAAAAGUCAGCUGAUCUAUCAGAAUAUUGUAUUUUUAAAUAUCGGUCAGGCUCUACUGCUUAGAACGAUUGAAGUACGUUAGAAAACACUGGGAUUCUUGUUGUUGUUUUUAUAAUUUGGAUGAACAGAGCGUGUAAUCAGAGUUCCUGCUCCUCCUACUGUGUGUCCUGAAUUCAGAUCGGACUGUGAAAUGUUUUUCAAUGUGUGUUUGGCAAACUGUGUACCAAGGAUUCAUUACAUUACUCAGACAAAUAUCAAAACAGUUGUUGAUUAAAAGUGUCCCAGCUCGGGGGGGUAUCAGCAAAAUAAUGUUAUGUCAGAGUAGCUGAUAGACUUCUAAUAAUUCAGUAUAGGUGAAUUUACACACUGUGACCACAGGACUAAACUAGCUUGGAGAAGCAAUAAGAACAAUCAAACUGAAGCUGGAAUAUUUCCCCUGCUUGUAAAUGGCUCACUGCAACACAUGUGGUCUCUUAGCACUAGCCAAGUGACAGAGAGUCACUUAUAUUCAAAUGUCACCCAUGACAGUGAAGAAUCCAUUAUCCCGUCCUACAGUCUGAGGUUGCAGAUGAGCACCCGCGCGGCGGUGACGAAGCAUGUUCCAUGUUGUUUAACUGAUUGAAAUACUUGGAUUAUUUCUUCCUGUGUUGGGUUAAGGGACUGAAAUAAUUUUGGAAAAAAGGCAAGAAUUGAAAUGGGCUUAAUCGAAAAAGAUCUUUUCAUAUUUAUGGUUUCAGUGGUUCAUUCAAACCUGACAUAAAAACUGACACUUGGAGGCAUCUGGAAGUCUCAAUAACUCACAAAAAUGAAAGGUUACUGCUCUGCUUUCUGGAUGCAUCUUAGACUCUUUGUUAAAUAGUUUUUAUUUUUUACUUUUUUUGGAGACAGUAUUUAAUGUGUGUCUUAUGUCUCAGAGUAUUUCAACAACCAAAACUGGUUUGUGACAAAGUAACGCUGCACACGUGUGUGUCUGUAUGCACAGCUUUAAACAAAACAAGCAAAAGAGGAGAUUUCUGCGGCACUGGCUGUUUCUUACACGGACCCCUGCUGUGCCGAACUGUCUUUUCUGAGGAUCGACACUUUGCUGUAGAAACGUUCAAAGCCAUUUACAGUGGACUUGCUCCACCCGUCGCUCCGGUGCAAACUGAAUCUUUGAAGCCCACAUGAACUGACAGCCUUUGAACUGAAUGUUAUCUUAUGGGUUACUGCGUAGUGAGCGACACUUCUCAACCGGCGGUAUCUAUAAACUCAGAUACAGUACUGUAUAUACAUAUACAAACAAUAUUCAAAUGCAGUUAUUGCUGAUUAAUGUACAGAUUUUGGGCUCUUUUUGUAUACGGUUUUUAACAGUCAUAUCUUGUGGAUUUUUUUGCCAACCUUUCUGUAGCUGUAAACAGCAAACAACUGUACAUUUGCUUGAAAAUCUAAGUAAAAAUAGAUUAAAAACAACAA